GCUUCCUUGUUUGGUUACACGUAGCAUCGCUGCUGUGUUUGUGUUGACAGCGUCGUAAAUUCUCACUCAAAGACAGUAUUUUGGACAUUAAUGUAAAUAUCAUUUUAAGGACAGACGGUUUUUAUGACUCAUGUUGAGUCAGAGGUUUAUAAUGGAGGCACGGCUGAGCUGUGGUCGGCCUUUUCUGUGAGCUAAGCUAGGCUAGCAGGCUAGUUGUCGGAUAAUACUGUUGUUUUUACAUUAAUUAAACAUGUAUACUCUGUUAUCGGGAUUGUAUAAAUACAUGUUCCAGAAGGAUGAGUACUGUGUCCUUAUUCUGGGGCUGGACAACGCUGGAAAAACGACGUUUCUGGAACAAACCAAAACGAAGUUCAGUAAGAACUAUAAAGGCAUGAAUCUGUCAAAGAUCACCACCACAGUGGGCCUCAACAUCGGUACCAUCGAUGUGGGAAAAGCUCGUCUGAUGUUCUGGGAUCUGGGAGGUCAGGAAGAGCUGCAGUCUCUGUGGGACAAAUACUACGCCGAGUCUCAUGGAAUCAUCUACGUGAUCGACUCGACUGAUGAGGAGCGUCUGUCGGAGUCUAAGGAGGCUUUCGAGAAGAUGAUCAGCAGCGAGGCGUUAGAAGGCGUCCCUCUGCUCGUCCUCGCCAACAAACAGGAUGUCCCGAACUGUCUGACUGUGCCAGACAUUAAAACGGCGUUCAGUGACUCCGCCCCCAAGAUCGGAAAGAGGGAUUGUCUGGUGCAGCCAUGUACAGCACUCACGGGGGACGGCGUGAACGAGGGCAUUGAGUGGAUGGUGAAGUGUGUGGUCAGAAACAUCCACAGACCCCCCCGACAGAAGGACAUCACAUAAGAGAGACAGAGCUCGCUUCCUAUUGGACUGUGAGGACCAAUCAUGUUGAAGCUUGCUCCUCUCUCCUCUUGUUUGAACUGUAAAAGACUUCUUAACAUACGCUGUCUUCAUCACAGCGAAACACUCUGAUUGGACGUCUGGUUGGGCGUCUGAUCAUGAACACAUCUCACAGGAAACUCUAAACUAUCUCCCGUUUGUUUAAAUGGUUAUUUACAGACAAACUGAAAUGUGAAUUUUCUCACUCUUGGUGUUUGAAUAUGAGCUCAUGAUGAUAAAUGAACUUUAACAGUUAUUAAGAAUUUAUUGGUUUGAAGGAUGUUUCAAAUAAAUAUCUAUUUUCACUUUAA